AUGGGGUUAGUAGAGGUUAAUUUUGUUGGAUAUUUGCUGCUAAUAGCAGUUGGGUUGUCUGUGGAACAGUGGUCAGGAUUUCAACAAGGCCAGGAUCCAGUGAGAUUCCAACAACAGCAGCCAUCGAGUUUAGCUCCUCAGCAAGCUCUCCAAAGCCAACAAGGAGCAGAUAAUUUUCACAUUUCAAGAACUGAAAUGUCUCUGGUAAAUUCAAGGAGACUUCAAGAAGGCAAUACUCAAUCCAAGCAGCUGAUGCAGGGUCCUGUGGCACCAUUGACCUGGCAGUAUCCCCUAAUGCCUGAAGAGCCCCUGCAGCCUGAAGUGCCCUUUGAGCUACAGAUACCUCGCCCUUCUGUGAGCGUAGCAGCACGAUGUGGGGAGAACUUAAUGCAGGUUGAGGUUAAGAAAGACUUUUAUGGAAAUGGUCAGUUGGUAAAUCCUGCCCUCCUCAGUUUGGGAGGCUGUGGUGCUGUAGGGGAAGAUGUUAAAGCUCAAGUUAUUAUCUUUGAAUCUGAGCUCCAGGCAUGUGGAAGUUCUCUGGCGAUGACUGUUGAUGAGCUUGUGUACACAUUCACUCUACGCUACACUCCUGAGGCUGAAGGUGGAACUCCCAUCGUGAGGGCAGAAGCAGCUGCUGUUGCAAUUCAGUGUCAUUAUCCAAGGUUGCAUAAUGUCAGUAGCAAUGCCUUGAUUCCGUCUUGGGUUCCUUUUGCUGCAACAAGAGUUGGAGAGGAAGAACUUGUCUUUUCUCUCAAGCUUAUGACUGAUGACUGGAUGUUUGAGAGGCCUGCCAAUCAGUAUUUUCUGGGUCAGUUUAUGAACUUUGAAGCUUCCGUGAAACCGUACAAUCAUGUUCCUUUGCGUAUUUUCAUUGAUGACUGUGUGGCUACUGCGGCCCCUGAUGUGAACUCCGUUCCCAGAUAUUCUUUUAUUGAGAAUUAUGGGUGCCUGGUUGAUGCAAAGCUUACAGGUUCACCUUCCCGCUUCAUGCGCCGAGUUCAGAAUGACAAGCUGCAGUUUCAAUUGGAGGCAUUCAGGUUCCAACAGACUGGUAGUGGCUUGGUGUAUGUUACAUGUGCUUUGAAGGCUGUCAUUGCUUCCACUCCCACUAAUCCAGAGAGCAAGGCUUGCUCCUUUGCUGAUGGUUGGGCCUCUGCAGAUGAAAGUGAUCAGGUGUGCAUGUGCUGUGAUGCCACGUGUGGCUCCGGUAGGAAAGCGAGAUCUUUGUCUGAUUCAGGUAGAGUAAUAGGACUUGAUACAAUUCCUCAAGAACACCACUGCAUACCUUGA